CCUUAAUCAUCAACAGAACAGCCCAGAAAUAUUUCCCGUUCUCUCCCGCCAGCUUCUUCUCUAUAUCGGCUGUUGGUGGUCAAAUUUUCUUUCAAUAGAAGAAUAGUGAAACGUCAAUCUAAUCGCUAUAUUGAUAUGGGGUUUCUUGAUCAUCUCUCUGACUUCUGUUCCGUUUCCACAACGAGGAAGAAACGAAAGGCGAUGCUGACGGUUGAUAUAAAGGUGAAGAUGGACUGUGAUGGCUGCGAAAGGAGAGUUCGAAAUGCAGUUUCCUCCAUUAAAGGCGCUAAAUCUGUAGAAGUAAAUAGAAAGCAAAGUAAAGUGACAGUGAGCGGUUACGUGGAUCCAAACAAAGUGUUGAAGCGAGUAAGGAGAACCGGGAAGAGGGCUGAGUUCUGGCCCUAUGUGCCGUACAACUUGGUGGCUUAUCCUUACGUAGUUCAGGCCUAUGACAAGAGAGCUCCGUCGGGUUACGUGAGGGAUGUGCCUCAAGCUCUUCCUAGCCCUAAUGCUCUGGACGAGAAGUUCGUGACUCUCUUCAGCGACGAGAACCCUAAUGCAUGUUCCAUUAUGUAGUGGCUGGAUCAACUAUUUGUUCUCUUCUAUUAAAAUCUAGGAUUAUUUAAGGUAGUUUAUCGAGAGCAUCACAUUUUAUAUGGAGAAUUUUGGUAGAUUCCUCAGUUACUAGAGUUGAUAGGUUUUGUUUCAAUACCCAGCAAAAAAAGGAUAGAUUUUGUUUUAGUAUAUUUUUAUUCUAAAUUCAACUUUUAUCAGUAAGACUUUUCUUGUCCAUUUAUAUCCUUUGACAUAUUUUUUAUUGCACGACUAUCUUAUCACUGAA